GUGGGUAAACAAAGAUGGCUGACAGGUGAUGGAGAAGUGCAGUUUCUCUGGCAGUGAUCCUUGUUUUGGGGACUUAACACCCCUUACUAGUUGUUCUAAAGAUAUAAGCGGGCAUUUAAGAUAUCUGAAAGUUGGAACGCCUUACAAUUCAACCGAGAUUGACCUCCUGCUCUACAGAUCGGGGUAUUUUGAUGUAGAGCGAUUGUGCAGACGACUUUUACUAGUAUGCCAAUGUCAUCGUGAUUCUUUGGGGAUUUACUGGAGGCAACCCACCAUCAAAUGCUGUUAUCCAUUACAUAAAGGAAAAUGUAAACCAGACAGAGCUGUGAACUUCAGCGUGUCUAGGGAAAUAUUUUACCUAUUUCAAGAAGUUGUUCCCGUUGGAAGUGGAAUUUGUAAAACCUGCAGAACACAACACCUCCAAAUCGUUGAAUCAAGAAACAAUGAAAUCCUAUGCGGACAAGAUGAAGAAGCUGGGGUUGAGGGUUCUACAAGUGUCGCAGCUCAAAUUUCUACCCCUCUGUCCUCGAUGGAAGCUGCAAAGCCUGACAUGGAAAAUAAUGAUAGUCAAAUUACUCUUACUGCAAGCCAAUUCUCUGACUGUAGCAUUUCCGUUUUGGGAUCCCAAACACUGAGCAGUCUAGAUGAAUGGGAACCAGAGAUGUCUGCCUUAGAGAGAGUCAAUCAUGUAAUUCGUCAAAUAUCAGAUGACAGAAUAUCUCCGCUAAGAUCUCAGCUGAGUACAAGAUGGGAAGAUGCAUCAGAAAGAACACGAAACUAUUACAGACAGAAGACUUGUGACAUAAUGAAAAAAAUUACAGAACUCAUAGCUCCCCUUCAAUCCGAAAUUUUGUUGACAGAUAUUUCUCAAAAACAAUUUACAGCUGACAAAGAUAUUGAUGACCACUACUUCAACUCUAUGGUUGCAGCGUAUCAAGAAGCAGGAUCUCCAUUUCUAAAGCGACAAAUUUUAUCACUCUUUGUGAACCACUAUUCAAAAGAAACACUUACUGCUAUACCCGGAUUAACAAAGCACAAGAUAGACUCUGCUAGGAAGUAUGCCAUGGUGAAUAGAACUGACCAGCUUGAUUCAACUUCUUCAUUCUCAUCCAAACUCCCCACAGACAAAGUUCAACAUUUCAUCAGUUUCAUUUCCCAGCCACAAUUUAUCCAAGAUGUAGCUUUUGGAGAAAGAAUCUUAAAACUGUCAAGUGGCCAAAAAGUACACAUUCCCGAUGUAGUAAGAACUGUGAUUGGUAGCAGAAUAAUAUCCUCAUACCUUGCAUAUUGUGCGGAAGUCAAUUUUCAUGCACUGAAGAGAUCAAGUCUUUACCACAUCUUAAAACAGUGUGCAGCAAGCCAGAGGAAAAGCCUGUUUGGAUUGGACAAUACUACAGCAGAUGGCAUGACAGCAUUUGACAAACUGGUGCAGUUAUCAGAAAAUAUGGUUGCAUACAGUCCAAAUACAAGAGAAAAUGUGUUUAAGGAUAUCAAGUCUAGAUUGCACACUGCAAAGCGAUAUCUCUCAUAUGAUUACCGAUGGCAUGUUGAAGAGUGCUCACACAUUCCAGACCAUUGCAUACAAUACUCGUUAAGUCAUGAGAACUUCACCAAUCUUUCAAAGACAUGUCCUCAUGAACAUGAUGAAAGCUGCAAGUUCUGUUCAGAUAUCCAUGCAGCUAUUGAUGAUAUUGAACAAAUCAUUGUGGAUGGACAGUAUUUCACCAAUGAAAUAAGAAGAGAGUUUAUUCAUGACUUUCAAAUAUGUAAAGAAAAAAUUCUAGUGGAAACAACAUAUUUUGAGAACAGUUAAUCAGGAAACAGCAAAAACAUCAGUAUUAGAAAACUUGGAAGAGGAUCAAGCCCUUGUUGUAAUGGACUGGGCCAUGAAAUUUCUACCAUGGAUAGACCGCGAAAAGCAAACUGAUUUUUAUGGGGAAAAGGGCAUCAACUGGCAUGUGAGUGUUGUACUAUCUAGAAAUGAAAGAAGUCAGAUAAGUACUGACUGUUACGUACAUCUGUUCAAUAGCAUACCGCAAGGCUGGUUUGCAGUAGCUUCAAUUCUGGAGAACGUUCUUCAUUGCAUCAAAAUACAGAACGACAAAAUAACAAAAGUUUAUCUCAGAAGUGAUAAUGCUGCUUGUUACCAUUGUAGUCCACUGAUAGCAUCCAUCCAUGGCAUAUCCGAAAGAACAGGAAUUAACAUUUGUCGAUAUGACUUUAGUGAGGCACAAAGUGGCAGACAUAUGUGACAGACGCACAGCUCCUAUGAAAAUUCAUGCAAAACGCUUUGGCAAUGAAGGGCAUGAUAUAACCACUGCUGAGGAGUUGAAAAUUGCCCUCGAGAGUUACGGUGGCAUUCAAGAUUCACAUGUGUACACGGCUGAAGUCAAUUUCGAUCAUCAGAAUGUGAAAAAAUGCUCUAUUCCAGGCAUCAACAUGUUUAAUAACUUCAAAUUUGAAGACACUGGUAUACGAAUGUGGCUUGGAUAUGGUAUUGGAGAGGGAAAAUUCGUUUCUUAUAACAGUUUAUCAGCUACCUCUCAAGGAGACACAAAUCUUACAAUUUUGGAGCAUCCAAUGGUGACAAAAAGGGGUAACACUUGCCAAAGGAAAAGAAAGUUCAAAGAAACUCUCCCAAAUCAGGAGGAAGCUUCUAUGCAUGUGGUAAAUGAAGUGAUGGAUGUUGAAAAUGAAGUCACAGACGUGGUAGAUGAAUACACAUGUGGUGAAUGUGGUGUUGCAUUUACUUCUCUAAAAGACUAUAACAUCCAUCAAGACAUCGGCAACCACAAUAUGACAUCAUCUGACCAUGUGAAAAUUCUGUGGACCAGGAAUGUGUUGGCAUCAAAGAGAAAGUCACCAAGCAUCCCUCUCUUAGUGAAAUAGAAAA